GGAUGUCCACUGAUCAUUUUGAUUUGCGGUUUGUAUGCACGAAGACUGACGGUGGUCCUACGCGGUGGACCUACAGCGUAUGUCGACGUCCUGUGCGAUACGGAAGGCGGUGAUGCGGCUGAAGAGGGCGGGGGAUUGAUGGGGGUCCUCUAUUGGGGCGACUUUUAUCGACAGGAAUCGGGGGAGUUUGUCGCCCCCAGUGCUAGCGUUCUUCCCAAUGGGAAAGUAACACCGGGAUCGCGGGAUCCAUGAUCAAUUACCCACAAGGUGAUGAAGGUAUUCGGCCUCUUCUCCCCUAUGCAUCCUUAUGGAGCAACCUCUUCACUGCUCUGCUACUGGUGGACACUUAUCCUGCUGGCCAAAGUCAAGCCUGGAGGAAUAAAAACCACCAACAUACAGAUCAUCUAUUUAUUAAACCUAGGUGUCGACAUGUUAGCACUGUCCAAUGUGUGCACAGCUUCUCAGCUAGUCGAUGUCCGCGUUCAUGAUGAAGGCAGUCUAGAAUUGCCACGGCUCCGGCUAGGAUGUGUGACUGUUGGUUCAGCACAAUCCACGCCAAAACCGAGAUGGUAAUGCACAACGCUUCAUAUUAACGUUAGUACAAAAAUUACUUCAGCUGGCAUGCCAGCGACGAGUGACGGAGAGUCUCGAAACUAGCUUCGUUCAGGCAGUGUUCAACCAAACUUGACAAUAGGCCAUUUUCAGUCUUGC